UGCGGCGGCGGCGGCGGAUCCCGGAGAGCAGCGGAGUGAGAGGAGUAGCGAGUCGGCCACCCGGAGUUUUCUCGUUUUAGGGGUAAAAAUAUUUCCAUCAUGGCUCAUUCAAAGACAAGGACCAAUGAUGGAAAAAUUACCUAUCCUCCUGGUGUCAAGGAAAUCUCAGAUAAGAUAUCUAAAGAGGAAAUGGUGAGACGGUUAAAGAUGGUUGUGAAAACUUUCAUGGAUAUGGACCAGGACUCUGAAGAAGAAAAGGAGCUCUAUUUAAACCUAGCUUUACAUCUUGCUUCAGAUUUUUUCCUCAAGCAUCCUGAUAAAGAUGUUCGAUUACUGGUAGCCUGCUGCCUUGCUGAUAUUUUUAGGAUUUAUGCUCCUGAAGCUCCUUACACAUCCCCUGAUAAAUUAAAGGAUAUAUUUAUGUUUAUAACAAGGCAGUUGAAGGGGCUAGAGGAUACAAAGAGCCCACAAUUCAAUAGGUAUUUUUAUUUACUUGAGAACAUUGCUUGGGUCAAGUCAUAUAACAUAUGCUUUGAGUUGGAAGACAGCAAUGAAAUUUUUACCCAAUUAUACAGAACAUUAUUUUCAGUUAUAAACAACGGCCACAAUCAGAAAGUUCAUAUGCAUAUGGUGGAUCUCAUGAGUUCUAUUAUUUGUGAAGGUGAUACAGUAUCUCAGGAGCUUUUGGAUACAGUUUUGGUAAAUCUGGUACCUGCCCAUAAGAAUUUAAACAAGCAAGCAUAUGAUUUGGCAAAGGCUUUACUGAAGAGGACAGCUCAAGCUAUUGAACCAUAUAUUACCAAUUUUUUUAAUCAGGUUCUGAUGCUUGGGAAAACAUCUAUCAGCGAUUUGUCAGAGCAUGUCUUUGACUUAAUUUUGGAGCUCUAUAAUAUUGAUAGUCAUUUGCUGCUCUCAGUUUUACCCCAGCUUGAAUUUAAAUUGAAGAGCAAUGAUAAUGAGGAACGCCUUCAAGUUGUUAAACUACUGGCAAAAAUGUUUGGGGCAAAGGAUUCAGAAUUGGCUUCUCAAAACAAACCACUUUGGCAGUGUUACUUGGGCAGGUUUAAUGAUAUCCAUGUACCAAUUCGCCUGGAAUGUGUGAAAUUUGCUAGCCAUUGUCUCAUGAACCAUCCUGAUUUAGCAAAGGACUUAACAGAGUAUCUUAAAGUGAGGUCACAUGACCCUGAGGAAGCUAUUAGACAUGAUGUUAUUGUGUCUAUAGUUACAGCUGCUAAAAAGGAUAUUCUUCUGGUCAAUGAUCACUUACUUAAUUUUGUGAGAGAGAGAACAUUAGACAAACGGUGGAGAGUGCGCAAAGAAGCCAUGAUGGGACUUGCCCAGAUCUAUAAGAAAUAUGCUUUACAAUCAGCAGCUGGGAAAGAUGCUGCAAAACAGAUUUCAUGGAUCAAAGACAAAUUGCUACAUAUAUAUUAUCAAAAUAGUAUUGAUGAUAGAUUGCUUGUUGAACGGAUCUUUGCUCAAUACAUGGUCCCCCACAAUUUGGAAACUACAGAACGGAUGAAAUGCUUAUAUUAUUUGUAUGCCACACUGGAUUUAAAUGCUGUGAAAGCACUGAAUGAAAUGUGGAAAUGUCAGAAUCUGCUCCGACAUCAAGUAAAGGAUUUGCUUGACUUAAUUAAGCAACCCAAAACAGAUGCCAGUGUCAAGGCCAUAUUUUCAAAAGUGAUGGUUAUUACAAGAAAUUUGCCAGAUCCUGGUAAGGCUCAGGAUUUCAUGAAGAAAUUCACACAGGUGUUAGAAGAUGAUGAGAAAAUAAGAAAACAGUUAGAAGUACUUGUUAGUCCAACAUGCUCCUGCAAACAGGCUGAAGGUUGUGUGCGUGAAAUAACUAAGAAGUUGGGCAACCCCAAACAGCCUACAAAUCCUUUUCUGGAAAUGAUCAAGUUUCUCUUGGAGAGGAUAGCACCUGUGCACAUAGAUACUGAAUCUAUCAGUGCUCUUAUAAAGCAAGUGAACAAAUCAAUAGAUGGAACAGCAGAUGAUGAAGAUGAGGGUGUUCCGACUGAUCAGGCCAUCAGGGCAGGUCUUGAACUGCUUAAGGUACUCUCAUUUACACAUCCCAUCUCGUUUCAUUCUGCUGAAACAUUUGAAUCUCUCCUGGCUUGUCUGAAAAUGGAUGAUGAAAAAGUAGCAGAAGCUGCACUCCAAAUUUUCAAAAACACAGGAAGUAAAAUUGAAGAGGAUUUCCCACACAUCAGAUCAGCUUUGCUUCCUGUUUUACAUCACAAAUCUAAAAAAGGACCCCCCCGGCAAGCCAAAUAUGCUAUUCAUUGUAUCCAUGCGAUAUUUUCUAGUAAAGAGACACAGUUUGCACAGAUAUUUGAGCCUUUGCAUAAGAGCCUGGAUCCAAGCAACCUGGAACAUCUCAUAACACCGCUGGUUACUAUUGGUCAUAUUGCUCUCCUUGCACCGGAUCAGUUUGCUGCUCCUUUGAAGUCUUUGGUAGCUACUUUCAUUGUGAAGGAUCUUCUCAUGAAUGAUCGGCUUCCAGGAAAAAAGACAACUAAGCUUUGGGUUCCAGAUGAAGAAGUUUCACCUGAGACAAUGGUCAAAAUUCAGGCUAUUAAAAUGAUGGUUCGAUGGCUACUUGGAAUGAAAAAUAAUCACAGUAAAUCAGGAACUUCUACUUUAAGGUUGCUCACAACAAUACUGCAUAGUGAUGGAGACUUGACAGAACAGGGGAAAAUUAGUAAACCAGAUAUGUCACGUCUGAGACUUGCUGCUGGGAGUGCUAUUGUGAAGCUGGCACAGGAACCCUGUUAUCAUGAAAUUAUCACAUUAGAACAAUAUCAGCUAUGCGCUUUAGCUAUCAAUGAUGAAUGCUAUCAAGUAAGACAAGUGUUUGCUCAGAAACUGCACAAAGGUCUUUCCCGAUUACGGCUUCCACUUGAGUAUAUGGCAAUUUGUGCACUUUGUGCAAAAGAUCCUGUAAAAGAAAGAAGAGCUCAUGCCAGGCAGUGUCUGGUAAAAAAUAUCAAUGUGAGACGCGAGUAUCUGAAACAGCAUGCAGCUGUUAGUGAAAAAUUAUUGUCUCUUCUACCCGAGUAUGUUGUUCCAUAUACAAUUCACCUUUUGGCACAUGACCCAGAUUAUGUCAAAGUACAGGAUAUUGAACAACUUAAAGAUGUUAAAGAGUGUCUUUGGUUUGUUCUGGAAAUAUUAAUGGCUAAAAAUGAAAAUAACAGUCAUGCAUUUAUCAGAAAGAUGGUAGAAAAUAUUAAACAAACAAAAGAUGCUCAAGGACCAGAUGAUGCAAAAAUGAAUGAAAAACUGUAUACUGUGUGUGAUGUUGCCAUGAAUAUCAUCAUGUCAAAAAGCACCACAUAUAGUUUGGAAUCUCCUAAAGACCCAGUACUACCAGCUCGUUUUUUCACCCAGCCUGACAAGAACUUCAGUAACACCAAAAAUUAUCUGCCUCCAGAAAUGAAAUCGUUUUUCACUCCUGGAAAACCUAAAACGACCAAUGUUCUAGGAGCUGUUAAUAAGCCGCUUUCAUCAGCAGGCAAACAAUCUCAGACAAAAUCAUCACGAAUGGAAACUGUAAGCAAUGCAAGCAGCAGCUCAAAUCCAAGCUCUCCUGGAAGAAUAAAAGGAAGGCUUGAUAGUUCUGAAAUGGAUCACAGUGAAAAUGAAGAUUACACAAUGUCUUCACCUUUGCCGGGGAAAAAAAGUGACAAGAGAGACGACUCUGAUCUUGUAAGGUCUGAAUUGGACAAACCUAGAAGCCGGAAAAAAACACCUGUAACAGAUUCAGAGGAGAAAUUAGGGAUGGAUGACCUGACUAAGUUGGUACAGGAACAGAAACCUAAAGGCAGUCAGCGUGGACGGAAGAGAGGCCAUACGGCUUCAGAAUCAGACGAACAGCAGUGGCCUGAGGAAAAGAGGCUCAAAGAAGAUAUAUUAGAAAAUGAGGAUGAACAGAAUAGUCCACCAAAAAAAGGUAAAAGAGGCCGACCACCAAAACCUCUUGGUGGAGGUACACCCAAAGAAGAGCCAACAAUGAAAACUUCUAAAAAAGGAAGCAAAAAAAAACCUGGACCUUCAACAGCAGAAGAAGAGGAAGAAGAAGAAAGACAAAGUGGAAACACAGAACAGAAGUCAAAAAGUAAACAGCACCGAACUUCAAGGAGAGCACAACUAAGCAGAGCAGAAUCUCCUGAAACUAGUGCAGUUGAAUCCACACAAUCCACACCACAGAAAGGACGAGGAAGACCAUCAAAAACGCCAUCACCAUCACAACCCCCCAAAAAUGUCCGUGUAGGACGCUCCAAACAAGCCGCUACUAAAGAAAAUGAUUCAAGUGAAGAAGUAGAUGUGUUUCAGGGUAGCUCUCCUGUCAAUGAUGAUAAUCCACAGGAAGAAACAGAGGAAGAAGAAGUUUCUGCAGUAAAUGUACGGCGGCGAAGUUCUAAAAGAGAAAGGCGAUGAACAAAUGUCAUUAAUAACUUUCUAUGUGAAAGCUUUGAAAAAAAUAAUUUUUUGUCAAGCUUCAGGCCGAGUAAAGCCUUUGAUGCACAAAAUGGGACUGCUGAAGAGUGGACAGUUGGACCUUACUCUGAUGACCUCAUGUAUUUGUGGUCACAUGCUUUAGCCAUGCACACAGUGAUAACAUUGAGUAUGGAGUCUUGUGAAAAAGUCUAAUGUGCGAUGGCUAUGUAGACAUAAACUAAAGAAGCAACUUGUAAAUAUAUUUUUUCUUCUUCUUCUUUUUUUUUUUUUUUUAAUGUUUCUGACUUCUAAAGUGCUUGUAUAGCUUUUAUCUGCGGCUUUAAACUGACAGUACCCAGCUGUGUAUCGGAUCUAUUGAUUUGAAAAGAGUUUGUUAGGAUAGAUCUUAAGCAGUAAUCUGUCAGUGUUCGUAUUUGUAUUCUCUGCAGUUUUACUGUGAAAAUUUUUUUUCAACAAAUGGUGUCAUUUUCUUGAUGGCACGAUUUGUUGGAGAGCUAAAAUGAUCUCUUUCCCCUGUGUAUCUUACCUAGUGUUUACUCCUGGGCACCCUUAAUCUUCAGAGGUGCUAAGUUGUCUGCCAUUACACCUGAACAAUGCCUCUGAUGGGAGGAUGCCACGCAAACUGUGGAAUAGUCCUGAAGUUGUUUGAUUAUUUUACACCUCAGUAUUGGUCCCAGAAUUUUCUGGCCUUUCAUGGCAAGGAAAAUUUUAAAAAGAGAGAUUUAAAAUAUUAUAAUUUUAAAGAGUGUGUUAUAAAAUAAUGUACUGAAUUCUUUAUCCCAUUUUAUCAUCCCUUUUCAGUUUUUAUUAAUCUACUGUAUCAAUAAAAUUCUGCAGUUUGAAUUAGUUUUUAAUAGUCUAGAAUGUUAUUGUGUAUAGAUGUUUCCUCUUGAACAUUAUGUUCAGAAAAUGCAAAUUAUUACACUAUAAUAUAAAAUCUGAU